GGUGAUGGACAGGGAGGCCUGGAAUGCUGUGGUUCAUGGGGUUGCAAAGAGUCGGACAUGACUGAGCGACUGAACUGAACUGAACUUGAGGUUAAGAAAUGGAAGGAAAUCCACAUGUAUGCUUAUUAGACUGCAUUGAGGAACAUAGUGUACCCAUAUCCAGUCAUUAUGACCUUCCUUGAGUUCCAAAGGGCAGAUGUGAACAGUUGCUAAUAGAGUGAAGAGCAGCCAAGAACCCAAAAGAGGCAAGAUUAAAGGGACCAGAUAAACUCAUCAAAAGUAGGAGACCGCCCACCUGAGAUGAGAUUAAGGGAGUGCAAGCCCCACACACACACUAACCUUGUCAGACCCCACCAGUAUAAAACCCCUCAAGUUCUAGGUUUUCAAGGCAGAAGCCUGGCGCAUCUCCCUUUGCAUUGCAAAGUGGUAGAGCUAUUCUUUUCUACUUCACCCAAAACUUGUCUCCAGGAUUUGAUUCAACACGGAUGUACAGAAGAGCUGAGCUUUCUGUAACAGAAGUCGGUCUCUGAGAAGAGUGUGCUAGACUAGCUCCAGGAAAAGACUGAAUGCUUUCCUAGGCAAUUUCCAGUCUGAAGGUUUUGGUUCACCCUGAAGACAGUGAACAUCAUGGAUCGGAAUGAUAGCCUCUCUCUGUUUGACCAGUAUCUGGCCUCCCCUCAAGGUGCCAUGAGUCCUGGAAUCCCUGUCUUCAGUCCAAUGAUGCAUUAUGGCACAGGACUGACUCCGCAGCCAAUUCAGAGCGCCGACAGUCUGUCUACUUCAGAGGAGGAGCAGCAGCAGACGACGGUGGGAACAGGUCGGCUUUCAACGACGUCCCAGCAGGCAACCCAGGAGGCCUCGGACCAGACACCACAGCUCUUCGACUCACAGCCUCUUACGACUGCACCCUUGCUGGGUACCACUCCCUUGUAUCCAUCCCCCAUGACCCACAUGAUCCCCAUGACCCCUGCCAUGCCAGCCUCAGAGAUCGCUGAGUUGGUGCCACAGCUGCACAAUAUUGUAUGCACAGUGAAUCUUGGCUGUAAACUUGACCUAAAGAGCAUUGCCCUUCUUGCUCGAAAUGCUGAAUAUAAUCCCAAGAGGUUUGCUGCUGUAAUCAUGAGAAUAAGAGAGCCCCGGACCACUGCACUUUUAUUCAGUUCUGGGAAGAUGGUGUGCACAGGAGGCAAGAGUGAAGAACAGUCCAGGCUAGCAGCAAGAAAAUACGCCAGAAUCAUACAGAAGUUGGGUUUUCCAGCUAAGUUCUUGGACUUCAAGAUUCAGAACAUGGUGGGGAGCUGUGAUGUGAAGUUCCCCAUAAGGUUAGAACCCCUUGUGCUUAGCCACCAACAGUUCGCUAGUUAUGAGCCAGAGUUAUUUCCUGGUUUAGUCUACAGAAUGAUCAAACCGAGAAUUGUUCUCCUUAUCUUUGUCUCUGGAAAAGUUGUGUUAACAGGUGCUAAAGUCAGAAGUGAAAUUUAUGAAGCCUUCAAUAACAUCUACUCUAUUCUAAAGGGUUUCAGGACGACAUCGUAAUGGCUGUCGUGUGCUCCUGCCUCCUCCGCCCACUUUUUUUUUUUAACGAAUUGGUUUUGGUGUAUUUGUUGUGUUGUAGACGGUCCCAUGUUGUGAGAGGUUGGACUUGAGGUUGUAAAUCACAGUUCCAAUUGAAGCUCUCCUGCAUGUGUACCCAUAAGGGUGCCAAGAAGGGGUAUUAUUUCUGCAGGAAGAACACCAAAAGUGUUACUGUAAGUUGUUGAAACUGUGUUACUAAUCGGGCAUAAUGUCUGUUUAUUUAUAUUUAGAUUUUAAACAUUUCAUGCUUUUUUUUAAAAGUUUUUGAAAAUUCUUUUAUUUUAUUGAUUGAUUUUUGGCUGUGCUGGGUCUUUGUUGCUGUGCACAGGUUUUCUCGAGUGGUAGUGUUUGGGCUUCUCCUUGCUGUGGCUUCUCUUGUUUCAGAGCAUGGGCUCUUAGGUCACUCAGGCAACAAGCUUAGUUGCCCUGAGACAUAUGUGGAAGCUUCCUGAAUCACGGAUCAACUCCCGUGCCUUGGCAGAUUCUUAAUCAUUGGACCACCAGAGAAGUCCACUUACUGCUUUUGACAAGUUGGUUUAAGGGGCAAAACUUUGUGUUAAGGCACCUCAACAACUGAUUAGACUUUGUUUAAUUUCUUCCCCAUAAUCCAGAGUUUUGUUUUGUUUUCUACCAGGAAAAGAAAAAUCUGUUUUGAAAGGUGUUGUUUUCUAAUUGGUAACUCUUAAGGAUUAUUUUUCUACCAGACACAUUCGCCUUUUCAGUAUUUCAGGACAAAAAAGAAUGCUUGCAUUCAUAUUAAUGAACGCAAAUGGCUGCACAUAUCUUUCUUCCUUCAGAGGACUCUGUAGAAUAAAUGCUGUUUAUAAAAGUGUUAAGAAACAAACCAAAAAAAAAAAAAAAAGCCCAAAAUGGAGUCCCUUGGGCUAAGCCCCAUUGUGAUUAGUUUAGGCCCCUCCCAGGAGUAGAAUUUUAAACCAAUUAAUCCAGAAUUACCCAGUCAACUCCUGAGAUGUAAUCUGCCUAAAGCCCCCUGCCUUUCUCUAAGGGAGGUGACUUUGCCUAAAAUAAUCCAAUCUUAACUUUCUCUUCCCAUCUUCCUUCUGUCUAUGAAAGCCUUCCAUUUUGUUCAGGUCCUCAGAGUUCUUUUCUAUUUGUUAGAAGGCAUAACUGCCAGACUAUCAAAUAAAGCCAAUUAGAUCUUCCAGUUUACUCAGUUGAAUUUUGUUUUUUAAUGUAACAAAAGCAGCACUACAGAACAGUGAGGAAGAUAGAUUUUUUCAAUAAAUGGUGUUGAAAAAAUAUGAUAUCUGCAAGGGAGAACUAAUGACAUAGAAUGCCUGCCUCACAGCUUGGACAAAAAUCAAUUCCAAUUGAAUCAUGUAUCCAUGAAGCUUUUUUACAAGACAUCCUGUGAGAAUAUAUCUUUAUGAUCUAUGGCAAUGGUUUUCAGUGUGGGCCAAUAUUGCUCCCCAGGAGAUAUUUGACAAUGUCUUGAGACUUUUUUUGGUUGUUAAAACUGGGGCGGGGGUAGGGACUUCCUGGUGGUCCAGGGAAUUUAGUUACAUAGAACUGAGUGAACUGGUAAAUAUGGUUAUAAUUUUUAUGGCUUCUAUCUUAAAAAUACUGGUUUAAAUCUGUGUUUUCCAAGAGUAAGGAAAAUCUCCCCCUUAGGCUAAUUAUGACUUACAAUAAUUUGGUAAAUUAUACCUUUGUAAGAAGAAUUGAAACAUUCAUCUUUUUCCCUCUAUUUGGUUGAUCCUGAGAGCAACAUUUGCUUGUCUCAAAGAUUAAGCCAUGCGUAAGUUGUGUACAGCCUGGACAAUGAAACUAUGGCUAGCUCAUUAAAUCAGUUAUGACUCCUUUGGUUGCUUGACUAUUGCAAGUGGGUUACAACUAGUUAUACUAAUCAUUGUUUUAAUUUGUUCUUUGUUGUUUUCAAACUGUUUGUGCUUCGUGCCUCCCUGCUGCACUUCGUCUUUGUCAAUGGUACUGGCUGCAUUACUUAUAUCUUGUCUAAUUUAUAAGACUGUUGUCUCGUGUAAUACCCAGUGUGUAACCAGACCUCCAACAAAGCUUAAAUGACUAAAAAUAUAACAUAAAAUAAAUGUAACAGUUUGAUUCUAGGUAUGGGAAGAAGCAACAAGGGAAAAUGUCUGCUG